UAAAGAUAAGUCUUGAAUUUUCAUUUCACUCAUUCAAUAAAGCGAUUUGUAAACAACACACCUAACCUAAAAAAUAAUCAUAAGUUAUUUAGGUUAUGUGAAUGCACUGUGAAGUGUAAAUAAUUACGUUAGUAAUAAAAGUAUGGGGAACAAAAACAAAAAGAGGAAUAGGAGUGAACAUGACAAAAAGGAUAAAUCUAAUAAUUCCAAUGCGGAUCCACAAAAUGUGAAAGAUACAGAAGUAGAAACGGGAGAUAAGGAGGCUGAUAACGAAGAAUAUGAAAAUACAGAGAAACUGCAUGACAUUGAAGACAAUUCUGAAGAGGAUGAGCCGCCAAAAAAGAAAAAAAAGAAGAAGCAAGCCGUCGUUGGUGAGACGAAUGAAAAAAAAGGCAAAAAGUCUAUUAGACAAAUGAAAAAGGAAAAGCACCUGCAGAGGCAGACUGAAGCAGCAGCAGUAGCAAAAGACCAACUGAAAUCACAGUGUAUUAACUACCUCUCGCAGUGGAAACACAAUAGAGAUAACUGGAAAUUUAUGAAAGCAAAACAAGUGUGGCUUUUCAAAAACAAGUUCUCCUCAAACUUAGUGCCAGACUCAUCAUGGCCAACACUUCUUGAAUAUUUUGAAUCUGCUAAAGGUAAUAUUCGUAAUAUGCUUUUGGAAGAUUCAAAAAAAGUUAUUAACCAAAUGGAUGAAUGGACAGAAAAGCAAAAAGAUAACAAAGAUACUGAGGCCAAUGAGGAUGAUGUAAAUGAUAAUGAAACUCCUAGCAACAAACCAGAUGAUACCUCAUACAAAAGAGCAAGGGACCUAAUACAAUGUUUAGAGGAAUAAACAUUAAAUUUUUAA